AUGAACAAGAAGAACUUGACGAACAAGAAGAACAUGAUGAACAAGAAGGACAUGAUGAACAAGAAGGACAUGAUGAACAAGAAGGACAUGAUGAACAAGAAGAACAUGAUGAACAAGAGAUGCCAGUGGAGUGAACAAGGCAGCCAGGUUGAAGUAGGAACGCAAGACAAAGAUGCGACCUACAAGCUGCCAUUAGCCCUCUCGUUGGCAGGGAAAUGGCUCCGGGAGGCUGGGAUUGCCAUUCUACAGGCUGUAGACAUCCGCUCGCGCCAGCAAUCUUCUGAGAGGUUAUCGAACAUCCUGUGA